CCCGGGGCGGCUUUGGGUGGGUUAGGAGCUUCUAUCGGGGAAAGGAAUGUAAGGGCGGAGGUGCGAAGCUGUGCCUGGCGGCUGCGGGGAGGCGGCCCGGGGCAGGUGUGUCGCGGCAGACGACAGCGGAGAAACGGGGAGGGGCGGGAACCCCUUCCAGGCGCAGUGCCCGCUCCUCGCCCCUCUCCGCGGCGUCCCUGGACCCGCCGGCAGCCGCCGCCUGGCUAAAGCGGCCGCGCCCGGCAGCCCUUGCCGGGAAGCGAAACCGAAAGGUAGCGGGGCACAGACCGGAGCCGGGCGGCCAUGGCGGGGCAGCCGCCGGGCGGCUUCCCGCUGCUGGUGCGCGGCGACUGGGGCUCCGCCGAGCCGCCCCCCGCCCUGAGGAAGAAGCUGCUCCGCUACUUCCAGAGCCAGAAGCGCUCGGGUGGCGGCGAGUGCGAGCUGCGGGCCGGGACCGGGACGGUGACCGGGCACCUCCUCGUCUGCUUCGUGCACCCCGAAGUGAAGCAACGUGUUCUUGAGAGACAGUCUCAUCAGCUGUAUUUGGGAGAAAAAGGAAAACUGAAGUUGAUUGUCACAGAGCCUGACACAGCACUAGCUGCUGAAGAGGAGGUGUUUGAAGAAAAAUUAAGUAGUCCCACAAAGGCUCUGGAUACCACGAGUAACCUUCAACCAAAAGAUGAUGCAGAAGCCUUGCAGAAAGCAGAAAGCUUUGUUGCAAGUGGUGAACUCCAGGAGGAAGCUGGCUCUGCAACAAACAUCGCAGAGAAGCCCAGGGAGACCUCGCCUUCAGUGGUCUUUGAAAACAUACAGGAAUGCAGUCCAAAAUGCUUAUGUCUGCUUUUGGAGAGCAUCAGUGGCCUGGCAGCAGAUGAUGACUUCACUAUGGAAGUGAUACCUGAAAUAUAUGUUGCUGUACCUACUUUUACAAAAAGCAUCGAUACUGAAGAACUUGUCAAAAAAUGUUCACAAAACAAGAGGGUUAAAGAAUUCCACAUGACUGCCAGGCUUCUUGAACUGACCCGCAGCAUCAAGGCUGAAAACAUACCAGCCAGCGUUUCCACAGACUACAUCACCGUCUACUUCGAGAGUGCGCAGAAUGGUGGGGGACUGUCAGACGUCCAGUUCUUCCCCAAGGAGAACUUGGCCAUCAUUACUUUCUGUGAUCACGAAGAUGUAAACGCGGUCUUGGAAAAGCAGCAUUUCCUGGAACAGACACUAAUUUCCGUGCAUCCAUGUUACCAGUCCUUGGGAACAGCUCUCUAUGGAGAAGAAAGACCAACUGUCAAGAUGCCAGACCCCAUUGGGGUGCCGCUAGAUCCGUAUGUCUGGCAGUUACAAAGACAGACCAAACUGAUGCAAGACAUAAACCAGGAACUGGCAAUUUGCCAUUGUGAGCUAAAAUGGCCCCAGACAGACUGUGCACACCCAGAAAUUAUGUUGUGCCCAUCAUCAUCCCUCUCAGAGCAGAAAAAGCCAAUGAUUAACUUGAUCAAGACAUGGAAGCAAGAUGCUUCUACUGAGUUCUCAUGUAUCAUGGCAUGUUACAUCACCAUAAAAUGUAAAGUAAAUUCAGCAGGUUGGAAAGACUUGAAAAACAGAUUGGUGAAAAAUGUUGCUUUGAUCAUAACUGAGAUUUCUGAGGAGACGGUGGUGAUUGCAGGCAACAGAGCAGCAGUGGACAGUGCAGAGAAAGAAGUGAGCGAGAGUCUUCUUGCCUCCUUGCGUUCUUCCCAGGAAACCAUAGUCAUUGAUAAACAUGGAAAAGAGAAUCAAGUGAUUAUUGCUGGAUUUUCUAAGGAUGUAGCAGAAGUUUAUCAGAAACUGACUGAUUUUAUAGACAGAAACAAACAUAUGGAAAAAGUAAUCCCGGCUAAGUCAGUGGUGGUAGUGCAGUUUGUAGAGCAGGAAAAAUCCAAUGUUUAUCUUAAAUUGAAGAAGAAAGGCAUGACAAUACGUUUUGACACCAAGACACCGUGUAUUUCUGUGAGUGGACCAAGAGCAGAAGUACAAAAUGCAGUCACCACAUUUGAAAAAAUCCUCUCAUCCCUUUACUUGAAAACUGUGCAAAUUGAUAAGCCAGGAGCCAAAGAGCUCUUCAUUGAGAGGAAAGAGUCAUGGUUUGAGGCAAAGCAGAAAUUUGGCUGUUUGAUUAGUCUGGAAGAAGAACAGCACCAACAAGAAAAGGUGGGUGAAAAAGUUGGUGAUACACAGGAAAGCAAGCUCUGCUUUAAGAAAAUGCUGCCAGGUGGAGUUGUAGUAGCAGUUUAUGAAGAUGACUUGUGCACUCAUCCCGUUGAUGUUGUGGUAAAUGCAUCUAAUGAAGACCUAAAACACAACGGUGGUGUUGCUUGGGCGCUGUUAAAUGCAGCUGGUCCAGAGAUACAGCAGGAGUGUGAUGAGCUGGUGAAGAAGAGCGGGAGCUUGCAGCCUGGGUGUGCGGUUAUCACGGGUGGAGGGAAACUCCCCUGCAAGAACAUAAUUCACGCUGUUGGGCCCAGGUGGAGGAAGGAUGAAGCAGAACAGUGUGUGUGCUUGUUAAGACAGACAGUGAAGAGAAGUCUACAACUGGCUGAAACAUUUCAUCAUCGUUCUAUAGCUCUGCCCGCUAUAAGUGGAGGGAUUUUUGGCUUCCCACUGGAACUGUGUACGUAUUCAAUUGUAGCCUCCAUCAAGGAGACCUUGAAAGAAUACAAGGGGGACAUCAGCUUGAAGGAGAUUCAUCUUGUGGAUGAUGCAGAAGGAACUGUUCAGGCUCUGAGUGAGGCAGUUUAAAAAGUGUUUGCAGCUGAAUUAUCCUCCCCGAUACUGCAGACUUCAAGCUUGGGAAACCUUAAGUUGAGAGAAAGCCAAGAGGAGAAGGGAAAAGGGGAUCUUCAGAUGGCUAGAGAUCAUCUGCAGAUGGUUACAACAAACGAAGGUCUCUGCAUCCAAGUUGAGGAGAAAAAUGUUCAGGAAGCCAUGGUAGGCUUGAAGAAAACUGAAGAACUUGGACUGAAAUCAAUCACUUUCCCAGCUAUUGGGACUGGAGGAUUCAGAUUUCCUAAAAGCAUUGUUUCUAAAUUAAUGUUUGAUGCGGUAUUCAAGUUCAGUAGUAGUCACACUUGGAGGACUCUCCAGGAAGUUCGUUUUGUCUUGAAUCCGAACAAUGUGGAUAAUAUUCAGGCUUUUAACAUGGAACUACAAUGUAGAGUAGGUGAAAGUUGCAAUGCUGCAGCAUCAUGGUCAAGUAUUAUUAGGCCUGUUUCAACUGAUGCACUGGCAGUUCAUGAAAUGCAGAUUGGUUCCAUUACACUCCAAGUAACUAGUGGAGAUAUUACCGAGGAGGAUACAGAGGUUAUUGUAAGCAUAUCAAAUCCAACAUUUGAUGCCACAUCAGGGGUCUUCAAAGCAAUAAUGGCUGCUGCUGGUUCCCAUGUAGAAGCAGAAUGUGCUCAGUAUGCUAUUCUGCAGAAUAAGGGUUUGAGCUUUCACAGACUGGGCAGUUUCAAAGGUGGAAAACUGCUAUGCAGUAAAAUCAUCCACUUGAUUCACAACAGGAACAUGAACAGUCAGGUUUCCAAAGUGCUUAAUGAGUGCGAGCUAAGGAUGUACAAAUCUGUCGCCUUCCCAGCAAUUGGAAAAGGUCCAGCAGGACAGAGUCCAGCAAAGGUAGCUGAUGACAUGUUGGAUGCUAUAGUGGAAUUUGCAAGCAAAAGAUCAGUACAGCAUUUGCAAAAAAUUAAAAUAGUCGUCUUCCAAACAAAUAUGCUCAAAGACUUUUACAGAAGCAUGAAGAAAAGAGAAGAUUCAAAUUCAUCUACAAUAAAUUCAUUUAUGUCUCUGCUUAAGUCAUUUUUCCAGGUUAAAAAACAACCAAGUGGGAAGAAAAAGACUGUGGAUUUGGAGAAGAAAGUUGAUUUAGCCACAUUCCAAAUCUGUGGAGAAAGCCAAACAAAUGUGGAUAAAACUGAGUCUUGGUUAAAGGAUUUAAUUUUAAAAGAUCAUUUUGAAAACAUUAUUUCAGAUGAGCUAAUUGAACAUUUUGAUCAGAGGCAAAUUGACACUUUGAAGGAUCUCCAGAGUAGAAAGCAUGUUACUAUUCAGUUUGAAAAUAAACUUUUCCCCCCUUGCAUUAAAAUUUCUGGUAUUACCAAGGACGUUUGUUGGGUUUCUAUAGAAGUUCAAAAAAUAAUCCAAAACCUUAAGGACACUGAAGAAGAACGAUCCAAGGCAGAACAUAUUUAUAACCUGGUAGAAUGGAGGUAUCCAGAAAGCAAUGACAGCUUUGUUGCUUUUGAUAAAAUUACAAAUAUGCAGCUGGAGGAUGCCAUAAUAGCUAAAAAGCCACAUCUUGCAGUCAAAAUUAAUGGGAAGAGCUACAAGGUUGAUAUGAAUACUCUACAGGCUAAUGAUGACCAAGGAAUAACCACAAACAUUCAACGUGUGUCAAAGAAUGAAGAUAAGCAGCCAAUAACACUCCCUUCACACUGGGAAGACAUGGAAAACAAACAGGUCAAAGUGGUGAAUCUUGAGCCAUUUUGUGAGGAAUAUCUGAAAGUUCAGUCCAGAUUUAAGAAGGGCUGUGGCAGCUGUGUCAUAGAGAAGAUUGAAAGAAUACAAAAUCCCUUGCUCUGGCAGACAUACCAAGUAAAAAAGAUGUCUGUCUGUGCAAAGAACAAAAAUAAAAAUAAUGAGAAGUUGCUAUUUCAUGGGACAGCUGCAUCCUCAUUGAACACAAUGAACUACAAUGGAUUUGAUUGUGGGUGUGCUGGAAAGAAUGCUGCAACCAUUUGGAAUGGGACCUACUUUGCUGUUGAUGCAUGUUAUUCUGCUCAGGAUACUUAUUCCAGACUGGAUGCGCAUGGCAGAAAAUACAUGUACUUGGUUCUGGUCCUCACUGGGCAGUAUUAUGUUGUGAGCAAAGGACUAAUCAAACCACCAGCAAAAAACACAGCAGAUUCUAGUGACGUGUAUGACAGCGUGGUUGAUAAUGUGAAAGAUCUGACAAUGUUUGUCAUAUUUAGUGACAUUCAGGCAUAUCCUGAAUACCUGAUUACUUUCAGAUGUUAGAAUAUUCUUAAGAGCCUAGAAAAUUCUAGUGUCUUUUACAUGUGAGAAUUAACAGGGGAAUUCUUGAUUCUUGUUUACAACCAGGUUUCUUAAACUAAGUGGUUAUUUAACUAUCCAUGUGUUUAAAUAUGUCUUCAAAUUAUCAACACAAUGACCCAGGAUAAGCAAAUAUUUGAGAAAGUACUAUUUCAAUACUCCCACUUCAAGUUCAGUCACAUGGAGGUGGAGGUGAGAACUGUGAGAACAGCCCAUACCUCUUAUUAUGCAAGGCAGAGUGAGCUGGUAGGAGAGGGAGGGAGCCACUAUGCCUUACCUGCAGCCUGAAGAGGUGUAGGAUAGGACAAUGCACCUAUGUGUGUUCCUAUUUCUGGUAUUCACAACAC